AUGCUGGUGACCAGUUGUCAGCACAGAGAGGACGCCCAUGCUGACGGCGUAGAGCAUGAGAUGGAUGUGGUCGUCCGAGGCAAGCCGCAGCGCAACAACAACGUGAAGCAGCUGUACGAAGGUCACUUUGCAAGUGAUACCAGUAUGCAGCAGGAACAUGAGCUCCUUGUGAGUAUUACUGUCCUCCUGGUACUGGAGUAA